AUGUCAAGUUUUCCCUCAGAUAUGAGCUCAUAUGUAAUUCAUUUGAAAAAUGUGACUGAAGUCACCAUGUUUAUACUGAUGGGCUUCACAAAUGAUUUUCACAUGCAAGUCUUCCUAUUUUUAUUAUUUCUAGCAAUCUAUCUUUUUACUUUGGUAGGAAAUCUGGGAUUAGUUGGAUUGGUCAUUGGGGAUUCUCGGCUCCACAACCCGAUGUACUAUUUCCUGAGUGUUCUGUCUUUCUUGGAUGCCUGCUAUUCUACAGUUGUCACCCCAAAAAUGUUGGUCAAUUUCCUGGCAGAGAAUAAAUCCAUUUCAUUUUAUGGCUGUGCAGCACAGAUGCUUCUCUUUGUUACUUUUGGGACCACGGAAUGCUUUCUCCUGGCUGCCAUGGCCUAUGACCGCUAUGUGGCAAUCUACAACCCUCUCCUGUACUCGGUGAGCAUGUCACCCAGGAUCUAUGUGCCGCUCAUCAUUGCUUCCUAUGUUGCAGGCAUUUUACAUGGUACAGUUCACACAGUGGCCACUUUCAGCCUGUCCUUCUGUGCAUCCAAUCAAAUUAGACAUGUCUUUUGUGACAUCCCUCCUCUCCUUGCUAUUUCUUGCUCUGACACGCACAUAAACCAGCUUCUACUCUUUUACCUUGUGGGUUCUAUUGAGAUUGUCACUAUCUUAAUUGUCCUGAUCUCUUAUGGUUUCAUUCUGUUGGCCAUUCUGAGGAUGCGCUCUGCAGAAGGGAGGCAAAAAGUCUUCUCUACAUGUGGUUCUCAUCUCACAGGAGUGUCCAUUUAUCAUGGGACAAUCCUCUUCAUGUAUGUAAGACCAAGUUCCAGUUACACAUUGGAGCAUGACAUGAUAGUGUCAAUAUUUUACACCAUUGUGAUUCCCAUGCUUAAUCCUAUCAUCUACAGUCUGAGGAAUAAAGAUGUCAAAGAGGCAAUGAAAAAGCUGCUGAAAGAAUUAACUUCAUAA